UGACUUACUCGGACACAAAAUUCGUAGUGAGUUGAUCGGGAGAGUGGUCUAAAAGUGAGCCACCCACAAUUUGCUUGACUUUGCCGUGAUGGAGAUCGAUACAACCGUUGAAUCGUGUCAUGUCAAAAAAAUAAACAGGUCUAAAAGGGAAAGAAGACUGUCUUCAAAAAAACAAUUUUUUAUUUUGAAGCUUUUCUCUUUAAUUAUUUAGACACUUGUAAUGACUGGUUGCAAAUUUGGUCCUUACUUGAUUCAUGAGUCUCAAAUAUUCUUUCGGUCUCAAUGGUCAAUCGGCAUUGUCAACUUGAAACCCAUUGCACCUGGACAUGUCCUUGUCAUUCCUAAAAGAAUCGCACCAAGAUUAGCUGACCUGAAUAAAGAAGAGACUGCAGAUUUAAUGCUUUCCGCUCAACACAUUGGCGGUGUAGUCGAAAAGCACUUCAAGGGUACUUCACUUACACUGACUAUUCAAGAUGGACCUCAAGCAGGCCAGACCGUACCACAUGUUCAUAUACAUGUUGUCCCAAGAAAGAAAGGAGAUUGGGCUCAAAAUGAUGAUAUUUAUAAAGAACUGGAUCAACAAAAAAAGGGUGUUGAUAAUGAAGAUAGAAAACCUCGUACACAAGAAGAGAUGGCUGUAGAAGCAGACGAGCUUCGUUCACUCUUUUAAAAAUAAAAAAUAAAAUAAUAUGGUUACUUUUCAGCUUAGUUGGGGCCUUCAGAUGUGGCACGGGUGGCAACUUGGUAUCCUCCUUGUUUGUACAUUCUAUCCUGUAAUUCCUUCUUUUGUGUUGAACUGCCAUCAUAAAACUAGGUACAAAAGUCUAAGCACAUACAUACAUAUUUGGGAGAUACUUUUUA